AUGAGUCAGCUUGGAACUGACUUCCCCGCAAUCCGCGCGUGCAUUUUCGACCUAGACGGACUCCUCAUCAACUCCGAGGACAUAAUCACUCAAUCCACCAACCGACUUCUUGAAAAGUAUGGAAGGCCUGCAUUUACUCCAUCGAUUCGGGCCCAGCUCAUGGGCGUCCCCGACUCAACAAACAGCGACCUGUUCCACAACUGGGCCAAGUUGCCCCUCUCCCGCGAGCAAUUCGCCCGUGAAUUAAGGGAAGAAAUGCACCUGCAGUUCCUCAACUGUGAACCGCUCCCUGGCGCGGAGAAGCUUCUAACGAACCUCCGUCGUGCACGUAGCGCUUCUGGGGACCAGUUCGAACUGGCAUUGGCAUCCAGCACCAAGAGCCAUACCUUCGAACUGAAAAUUUCCAGACCGGAAACUAAGCAGCUGCUCAGCUUUUUCCCGCCUGAGAGGCGAGUUCUAGGUGAUGACCCGCGGGUGCGACAGGGUCGAGGGAAGCCAGCGCCGGAUAUAUAUCUCGUCGCGCUGCAGGCGUUGAACUCUGCAGCAAAUUCUUGCGGGAAACCCAUCUUGCCAAGCGAAUGUUUGGUCUUUGAAGAUAGCGUGGCCGGGGUAGAGGCUGGAAGACGGGCUGGGAUGAGGGUUGUUUGGGUACCGCAUCCGGAUGUGGCGGUCGAGUAUCAAGAGAGGCAGAAGGAGGUGCUGGCUGGGAGGACGGGGAUGAGCGAAAUUGGAGAUGAGUGGCAGCUAGGAGAGAUUGAUGACGGCUGGGCUGAAUGCAUCCCGAGUUUGGAUCACUUUGAUUACGAGAAGUACGGCAUCAUUGUACCAUCCUAG